UUCCUCGUCCAGUACUCGUCUGACCGGUAGCUAAACAAGUCAUCUAAAUAUUUAAUCUGUUAUAUAUUUCCAUAAAAAAACAAAUCGUAUUUCUUGCUCCUCAAAAAAAGUAAAAUGUUGCUUAAUAAGUUCCUCAAGUUGUUUCUGGUACAUGUUUUCUUCACAUUUUGCAUGGUGGGGGACUCUUCGCAGGAAAAUCUGAGUUUGACAAAGAGUGAGAAGCAGAAACUGGACAAGUUCAAAAAGUCCGUCUCAACCAUUAAAUUUCCGCAACCUUGGAUGAAAGAGGAUUUAAAUCUACUCAGAUAUUUGAGAGCGAGAGUAUGGGAUUCUCAACGUGCAAAGGAUAUGUUAACGGAGACGGUAAAGUGGUGGCGAGAUUACGGAAUGGACAAUAUUCAUAAGGAAGACUGGUCCAAGUAUGAAAAGGAGUUUCCUAUUUAUCUCGACGGCGUCGAUACAAAUGGACAGCCUUUAUUUGCCUUCACCUUUGGAGAAUGGGACCUUCGCAAGGCUGUUGUGCAAGGGAGGCUGAAGGGCGUGAUCCGAUGGCUGUUCAAACGCCGAGACGAAGUGCACAAAAAGGUUCGGGAUUUGCAAAGAGAAGGAAAAAUUAACGGGACGCAGUGGAAUUUUAUCCUGAACUUGGACAACUUCAACUCGCACCAGCACCUCUGCGCCCAGUGCCUCCAACUCUACACCGAGUGGACAGGAACGUACGAAACGCACUAUCCCGCCGGCGCGGAUAAAAUUAUCAUCAUCAAUUCUCCGGCCUCUUUCGAGAUAGUCCUUAAUCUGGUGCGUCCCUUGUUCUCUCCGUCCACCCGUCAAGCUCUUAAAGUCCUCGGACCAAAUAAGAGCGAAUGGUCGCCCAUCCUUUUUUCAGGAAUUGACAAGGACCAACUUCCCGAAAAUUUUGGAGGGACGAGACACUACAACUAGAAUUAAUUUCAAAAUUGUUCAUGUAAAUAUAUAUAAUAAAUACUUGAAAAAAAUAGUUUACAUGUUUACUAUUUUUUGACAAUAAAUUUCCUGAGCUUAUACAUUACAUACCAUCAAAA